AUGGGUGAUUUGUGGCUAGAUGUGUUUGCCUUGAAAACGACCGCAUAUCAUGAAAUUGAAAACAAUCACCCGACUAAUGGCUUGUCGGAUAAAGAAAAGAAGCGAGUUGCAGCAGAAGUCGAAGAACUUCAAGAAGAAUUUCAGGACGAGUUUGUAAAGCUGUUCUGCGCUGCUGGAUUGUUGCACAACUGUGAUUGUGCGCGAUACCAGCCGGUACUUGAUCAUUUUGUUACUGCAUACGCUGUGGAGCACGUGGAUUAUGCUCAGCGAGAUUUAUUCCCGAGAGAUGUGGAAACUGCAGCCAAGGCGCUACACAAUCAUCGGGUAAAGAAAACAACAACACCAAAACAUAACAACAACAACAACACAAAUGAUAAAACGAACGCACCACAGAACGGUACCAACCUUGCGCAGGAUUACAAUAAGGGGAGUAAGCGUAAAUGUUUUUGCUGUGGUAAGGCGGAUCAUGUUGCACCACGAUGUGAACAUCGAUUCCGACCCAAGGAACAAUGGAAAGAUCCGACAAAGUGGAGAUCGUAUCCCAGGACCGAAACGGGACGCGAACAGGUGCACCUACAGACAAGCACCGAGGUGGGAUCUGUGCAGUCAAGUGUUACAGCUAACACCGCAGGUACACCCGCCAACAAUGAUGGUGGGAUUUCUCAGCAGAACCAUAUGCAGACUGGUUCGGCUGACAGGAGUGGUGGACCACAGCCUCGAAAGCAAAAGAUUGGCAUUCAGGGGUGGAAUAUGGCGCAGUUUGGCGGACGGAAGAGAGUACCGCAGCCUAUUUUAAGACCUUCAAGAUUUGGGGCGUCACCACCACACGACAUAAUGGCAAACUGGCAGGUACAAUUGGAUGCUGUCAGGGCAGCCGAAGAGGACAUAAGUGUUGCAAGUACACAGAGCUCCAACGUACAGGUUGGCAGGGAAGUAGCUGUGAUGCAUUCCCAAGCUCAUCGGGGACUCAGGUACAAGGAUAGCGGCGAUCUGGUAUAUCUUGAUUCAAAUGAUUAUAAGGAUGGUAAGAUUCCGGAGCAUUUUGAUACGCAUGAUCCGAAGUGGUUUCGUUCGGGCGCAACAGGUCCGUCCCUUGACACUGGUUCGACAUUUCAUCUUCGCAAAGAUUCGAUGAAUGCGAAGAUGGGAACAUUGAAAGAGCUUCCGUAUAUGUUCAAUUAUGGAACAAAUGUCGGAGGAGGAAGGAAUCUCACGCAUGAAGUUGAGAGUAAACACAUGGAUAAUAUGUGUAAGUAUGACGCUGAUGCCAUCUGUGAUGAGGACAGUGCGUCUUUAUUGGUAAAAGAAGGGUAUCGUAUCGUGAUGGAUACCAACGUAGAAAAUGCAUUUUUUGUUUCAAAAGAUGGGAAUCAAUGGAUUUACAGAGAAAAGGAUGGGUUGUAUACUUAUGACCCCUAUGAGGGGGAGAGUCAUUGCAAUGUUUGCAUGGAAAUUGGACCGACAGGUGAAGCCUGCAGGUCGUGCAGGGCCCACGGUGGUUUCGUGCCGGGUGAAUCGUAUCAUGGCGGCAUCGAUAAUACAACUAGUCAACAUACUUCUCGUUACUCUGGUCUCCAAACUGUAAAAAAGAACAUAGAGGGUUACACCCCACGACAAGUUGACCGAGCAAACGCUGCAAGAUCCGGGUAUCACAUGGGUGGUGCACCAGGGAUCGAAGCAUUCAAAGUUGCUGUACGCUCAGGUUUAUUCAAGAAUUGUCCCAUCAGAGAAGAAGACAUUGUUAUUGCUGACAAGAUUUAUGGACCAAGCGCUUCAGUUCUUAAAGGAAAGACUAAGCGUCCUACCCCGGAAGCCGUCCGGGAUGAUUGGGUUGAGAUCCCGCGUGAAUUGUUGGUCCACAACAUUGAUUUGAAUUUGCACCUCGAUAUUGCAUUCAUCAAUAACACAUUCGGAUUGACUACAAUUGAUGGUAGUGUCCGAUUCCGCACUUUUGUACCGCUGCGUAGCAGGACCGCGGAGUCGUUGUAUGACGCAAUCGAUCACGUGUUGCGCAUUUACAACCAUGCUGAUUUUACUAUCAAGACUAUCUACUGUGAUGGUGAAUUUCGACCAGUUUUUGAUGAUGUCAAAGAUGAGAUGAAUGUUGAUAUGAAUUAUGCGAGCCGGGGGGAACACGAUCCCACGGCGGAACGAAACAACCAACAUAUCAAGGCGUUGUUCCGUGUCCAAUACCAUCACAUGCCGUAUAAGGCCAUUCUGAGGAUUAUUACUGAAGCUAUUGCCAAACGAGUUGCACAGACUUCCAACUUUUACCCCGCCAAAGGGGGUAUUUCGGCUUAUUACAGUCCUCAUAUGAUUUUGUUGCGACGCCAAGUUGAUUACUCGAAAGAAUUUGUUGCUGAACUUGGGUCGUAUGUCCAUGGUUUUGGACAUGAUACUCGCAGUGAUCAUCGGUCACGCACUAUUGAAGCGAUUUACUUGGGACCAGCUGAUAAUAUGCAAAAGGGUCACAAGCUGUAUGAUUUGAACACAAAAAGAGAGGUAACUAGACCUCGAAUUACGGUGCUCCCAAUCACUGAUCAAGUGAUCAAAUUGGUUGAAGCCCAUGCUGCUGAGGAAGGCGUUACAGAUUUACGAACCUAUUCCAGACGCAAUGGAGAAAUAAUUUUGGAUGCUGAUCUGCUCGCAGGAGUGGACCCAGAUAAUAAUAAUAAUAAAUCUGAUGCAUUAAUCAUGUUAAAACUAUCUCAAGUUUCUAGAUUGCCGUUAACGGCUGUCAUGGCCAUUUACCAUACGGAG